AAGAGCGUUAAUGAAUGGUAAAUGGUUAAUUUAUAAGCAGGUCUAUGUUGAAUUUUUUAUACAAAAAAAAUUUAAGAGAAGCUUUUUUUACGGAUAAAUAUAGUUUUAAAAGAUGGUUAUUAUUAUAUAAUUAUGUAUUUUUUGCACGAACUCUUUCUAUUACUAGAAAACAAGGAAAUAAAGGAAUAGAGGAUCGUCUAAACAAUUUUUAUGACAAGGAAAUAGAGCCUUAUCCACGUAUACAAUAUGACGAAAAGUAUAUUGAAAUUUGUAGCGCAAUUGAUACAUGGAAAGACAAAUUAAAAAAUGGAGAACGUGUUUUAAAUGGAAAAGAAGUAACUAUAAGGGGACGAAUUUUUUCUAUUAGAGAAGCAUCUUCAAAGCUUUUUUUUUAUGAUAUAUAUGCUUUUGGAGCAAAAAUUCAGUCAGUUUGUUCACUUCGAACUUAUAAGGAUGAUGCAAGUGUUUUUUUAAAGAUAAAUAAGAAUUUGCGUAGAGGAGAUAUAGUUGAAAUGACAGGUAUUUUGGGGAAAACAAAUCUUGGUGAAUUUUCGAUAUUUACAUCAAAAAUACAAUUACUUGCUCCUUGUCUUCAUUCAUUACCAACAAAAACUAAAAAUGUUGAAAAACAUUUUAAAAAUAGGCCUGUGGAUUUUUUAAUACAUUCUGAAAUAUCUAAUUCUAUAAUCUUGCGUUCUAAAAUAUUAACAUAUAUUCGUAAGUUUCUAUUGAAUAGAAAUUUUUUGGAAGUUGAAACACCUAUUUUAAGUGGAUCAACUGGAGGUGCUAAUGCUCGGCCAUUUUAUACACAUGCAAAUUCUCUAGAUGGAAAAAGAAUCCUUCUUAGAAUUGCACCAGAAUUAUGGCUUAAGAAAUUAGUCAUAGGUGGCUUUGAUAAAGUCUUUGAAAUUGGAAAAUGUUUUAGAAAUGAAGGUCUGGAUUCAAGUCAUAAUCCUGAAUUUACAAUUUGUGAAUUUUAUCAAACAUAUAUAUCUUUAAAUGAUCUAAUAGAAAUAACUAAAUCCUUAUUAUCUGGUUUAAUCAAUGAAUUGAUCAAUAACAAUCUUCUUAAAGGCAACAUUCUUUCUCUUGCAAAUAAUAACUUUUUUAAUACUUACAAAAUAUUGGACUUCAUUCCUUCUCUUGAAAAUCGUCUAGGUAUCAAUCUUCCUAAUUUAGAUCUUCCAUCUGCUGUUGAUCAACUUCUCAAUAUUGCUAAUCAAAAAAAUAUUUCUCUUUCAAAACCAUACACUGUUAAUCGCAUUUUGGAUCAAUUUUCUACACAACUUUUAGUAUCACAAUGCAAUCAUCCAACAUUUAUCAUUCAUCAUCCUCAAAUUAUGUCUCCAUUAUCAAAAUCUUCUACAAGAAAUAAUCAAAAGAUUGCUUACAGAGGAGAAUUAUAUAUUCUUAAAAAAGAAAUUUGUAAUUUUUAUGAAGAAGAAAACGCUCCAUUACAACAAUAUUCAAAAUUCCUUCGUCAACAACAGGAUCGUGAUCAUCUUGGCGAUUCUGAAAUUCAAUUAUUAGAUUCUACUUAUAUUAACGCUUUAGAAUGGGCUUUACCUCCUACCGGAGGUUGUGGUAUUGGUAUUGAUCGACUUUGUAUGCUUUUUUCUAAUCAAAAACAAAUUAAUCCUAUCUUAACUUUUGGAAAUCUUAAAUCAACUUGUUCUACUUCUACUUCUACUUCUACUCUUUAA